CCCCGCAUGCCUGCGUCAGUAUUUCAUGAGCUUUCAUCGUGUUACGAACGUGGUGGAAUCAAUUGUUUUACUUCUCAUUCUAUUACUUCCCAUUACGUCUAACAUUGUACAAUUUGAAUAUUGUAAAAGUGCCUUUUUUUCGGGAAAAAUAAUUUUCCAACUUUAAAAGCAAAAUAAAUAACAUUUUUUUUUUCAAAAAUGGCGGACGACGGUCACGAGAAUGGAACGUCAAAUCAUGUUGUACCCGAGAUCGAAUUAAUCAUCAAGGCAUCAACGAUAGACGGUCGCCGGAAAGGCGCUUGUCUUUUCUGUCAGGAAUACUUCAUGGAUCUUUAUCUACUCGCUGAAUUAAAGACAAUUUCACUCAAGGUCACUACUGUAGACAUGCAAAAACCACCGCCUGACUUUCGCACCAAUUUUCAAGCCACACCACCACCAAUUUUAAUUGAUCGUGGCGAUGCGAUACUUGAAAAUGAAAAAAUUGAACGACACAUCAUGAAAGUUAUUCCAGGUGGUCAUAAUCUAUUUGUUCAAGACAAGGAGGUUGCCACUUUAGUGGAAACAAUUUUUAGCAAGUUGAAAUUGUUGUUAAUUUCAAAAGACAAGGAUGUUGAUCCAAUGAAUUCAUCGUUGAUGACACAUUUACGUAAAAUUGACGAGCACCUUGGACGAAAGGGAACAAGAUUUUUAACAGGCGACACAAUGUGUUGUUUUGAUUGUGAAUUGAUGCCACGUUUACAGCACAUAAGGGUCGCUGGAAAAUAUUUUGUUAAUUUUGAAAUACCCGAGACAUUGAUACACCUUUGGCGAUAUAUGCAUCAUAUGUAUAGGCUCGAUGCUUUUCUACAAAGUUGUCCUGCUGAUCAGGAUAUUAUUAAUCAUUACAAGCUACAACAGAGCAUGAAGCUGAAAAAACAUGAGGAACUCGAGACACCAACGUUUACAACCAGCAUUCCGAUUGAAGUGAAUGACGAUUAAAAGAAAAAAUUAAUUUUACUCGAGUCUUCAAAUAAACACAAACACGAAUCAAAGAUCAACAACAAUCAUUGACAAAAAAAAAGCGCAGGAUCGAAAAUGUCACGUCGUCAUUGUUGUUGGAUCUAAUGUAUAAUUUCUGUUUUAUUUUAUUUUUUUUUCAUCAUUUUCAAAGUAAAACGCGGUCCAAUCUUUACUAGCUUUUUAUAUAUAACUUAAAUUUUUGCUACAAAAAAAUUUAAUAUAAUCGUCUAAUUUAAUCGAGUAGAAAUUUUUUUUUGUUAAAUUUUCAAUAAAACUCGACUUUUUACGUAUCACUUCUGUACGUAAUUUUCUUAAAAAGAAAUAACAACAAAAUAUCGUCUAAGAUUUCGAAUCGACAAAAUAUUUUUCUAUCAAUAUUAUCACAAAGACGCGUAUCCGUCCGAUGGGAAUUUAAUUCCAUGGCAAUUUAAAGAGAGUAAAAAAAUUUCUCUUUUUUUUGAAAAUGUGACCGGUUUUAUUUCACAAUUUAAAAUUUUUUAUUUUUUUCAAUUUCGACGCUUCUUUAUUAUUAUUAUUAUUAUUGAAAGCAACGAUCUUUGUAUGACGAGAGCGAGAAAAAAAAAUUUGUACUACUAAAAAAAAAUGUACAUAUUUAUAUAUUUCUAAAUAGAGAAUAUUCUCGAAAAUUUUAGAAUUUAUUUUGUAACAUACACAAGAAAUGUGGGGGGUUUUUUUAUUUUGAAAAAACAAUCUCCGUAAUUAAACGAAAUUUAAAUUUCCCGCCGAGAAUAUACAAUUUUUUUAUGGCGGGAAAUUCAAAUUUACCAUUUAAUUAUUUCAUUUAAAAGUAAAAUAUUUAUUUUUCACAAAAAGAAUUGUUUUUUUCACUUUGUACUCGAUUUUUUUUUUUGUUCAUUUCGCGAUGUGUUUCAUUUUCGCAAGAUUGUGCCAAAUGUUUUUUUUUUUUUUGUUUAUGGAGAAAAUUAAAAAUACAUGUAUUUAUUUAUAUGCAUAAAAAAAUUAAUUUUGCAUUUAUUUUCGUUUUUUACAAAAUGUUUCCAAGUCAAUAAAAAUAGUUUUCAUUCGAUUUAAAUUAGCCAAGGCUUGUGAAAAACCGGAUUUUCAUUUUCUAGUAAUUGUUUUUUUUUUUUUUUUUUUUUUCUUUAGGGAAGAAAAAAAAUUAUUUUGAAAACAAGAGAAUGUAUUUAUAAAUGUCGCUUUUUCCAUGCGAGGAGUGGAGAAAUUUGUUCGCUAUCGUAUUAUUAAUUAUUAUUAUAAAUAAAUAAAAAAUAUAUAUUAUUAUUAUUAUUAAUUAUAUUAUUGUAUUACUGCAACUUUGGUUUGUACUCAUAGAAAGCAAUAUACCAGUGUUUACAGUA